AUGGAGUCCACCCGCAUGGUAAUCAAAAGUGAAAAUCUCUAUAAAACAUACUGGCUCUAUAUGCGACUUUUGGGAGUCGAGGGCGAAUAUCCCUUUCGAUGGCUUCUGGAUCUAACAAUGUUUUUUUUCGUCACCUUGUGGUUCCCAAUGCAUCUUUUACUUGGAAUAUAUAAUCAGCCGGUAGCAAAUGUAUUAAAGAGCCUGCAUUUCACAACAGAGUGCAUUUUCUGCACCUUUAAAUUUGUUUGCUUUCGUUGGAAGCUAGCUGAGAUUAAAGCCAUCAAAAGAUUGCUCCAAGAGUUGGAUAAGCGGGCUGAGAGUGAUGAGGAACGUAUACAUUUCAAUCAAGGACCAAGACGUGAAGCACAAAUGAUUUCAAAAAGUUAUUUGGUGGCUGCCAUAUCGGCCAUAAUUACUGCAACUGCCGCUGGUUUAUUUAGUAGUGGUCGAAAGCUAAUGUAUUUGGGUUGGUUUCCCUACGAUGUUCAAGCCUCCGCAUUGAGCUUUUGGAUUAGUUUUACUUAUCAAGCAGUUGGGUCCAGUUUAUUAAUCGUGCAUAACCUCGCCAACGCCAUAUAUCCCCCAAUCACAUUUUGUGUGGUCACAGGACAUGUGCGACUAUUGGCAAUGCGUUUGAGUCGAAUUGGGCAUGACGAGAAAAUAUCAAAAGCGGAUAGUGCCAGGCAACUCUUCGAAGGCAUCCAGGAUCACAGGAAACUUAUGCAAAUAAUUCGAUUGCUCCGCAGCACUUUAUUUUUCACACAACUUGGUCAGUUUCUUUCCAGCGGAAUUAACAUUUCAAUAACGCUCGUCAACAUCCUAUUUUUCGCGGAAAACAAUUUUGCCAUGACUUACUAUUCUGUGUUCUUUGCGGCCAUGUUUAUAGAGCUAUUUCCAAGUUGUUACUACGGAACUCUGAUGUCGAUGGAGUUCGAUAAAUUACCUUACGCCAUUUUCUCCAGCAAUUGGGUUGGAAUGGAUAGUGGAUAUAUCCGAUCUUUGAUAAUACUAAUGGAGCUAGCGGUUGUCCCUGUGAACAUUAAAGCUGGAGGAAUUGUUGGCAUCGACAUGAACGCUUUUUUUUCCACAGUCAAAAUGUCCUACUCGUUUUUCACCUUGGCCAUGUCAUUUAGAUUCUAA